AUGUCGAACUUUCAAAAUAGUUUUUCUGACAAUAAUACACCCGAUCAAUUAAUUCAAAUAUCAACAUCUAAUGAUAAUUCAUGUCCACAAGCAUUACUUCUUGAUCAAUUAUAUAUGUAUGAUUUACCAACAGGAUGGAAUGCUAUGCUUGUUGGAUUAUUAGCUUCUAUAUUAACAAUUAUAUUUCUGUUAACAUGUCUUUAUUAUUUGAUUUGUCGUCGUGAAUAUUCUAAUGAAUUAUCGGAUAGUCAAAUACCAGUUGAACAAAAUGGAACAACAUCAAUACCGAUAACAAGUUUAUCACAAACGGCAAUGACAACAUUUAUUAAUGAACCAGGUAAAGAAAUAAAAAUUAUGACAUAUACUGAACAAACAUCAACAACAACUACUGAUUUUGUUGGUAUUGGACAUUCAAGUUCACCAAAUAGAAAUGCACUUUUAACGAAUGUUAAUGUUGAUCCAAGUGAACUUCGUUUACUUCAACAUGAACAUAAUUAA